AUGGAGCAUAAAGAAGAAGGGCAAGUUGCCCAGCCGGGCCACAUGGAAGAAUAUUUGCAGAAAUUCCCCAAUAACAAUUGCACAAUAAAUGAGGACCAGGAAGCAUUAAUUGAUCCUAUAAAUGAGGAACAGGAAGCAUUAAUUAGGGAACAUGCUAAUUUCUCUCCUGUAGAUCCUUCUUCACUCUUAUAA